CGGGCAAAUCCGAUUUCAACAAUGUCUUGGCCAAAGUGAACAUGAAAUUAACCCUUUGAAUCAGAUUCAUUUUUACUAUUAAAAUAGCAAAUUUCUCAGAGUGAACUUUUAACCAAAAACAUCCAGCACAAUGCGGGAUCACAAAAAGGAACUGACCGAUGUAUGGCGAGCACUGAACAAAAUAAGAGCUGCUGUAUUCCGAGUAAAUGUGGACCUGUGGAAAUAUUUUAAACCGCUUGAUCCAGAGGGCAACAAUCUCAUAUCAGAGUCAAAUUUUGUUGGUGUACUAUCUGGAGUUCUGCGUGGAGAGAUUGGACUUUCAGAUCAAGAGAUAGCAGAAAUAACCGACUACUUUCGGGUUCAGGAUGGACGCAUAUUGUAUGGACAAUUUUGCUCUACUAUUCAUGACAACAUACCUGACUUCCAGCAAAACACUCCACUGGUUUCUGGACACGAAUGGGAUGACCCCUUCCAUGUUAAUGCCCUCAGCAUCACAGAAGAGCGUAGACUCAAAAUACUUCUUACAAAGAUAGCUACUGCUGUAAACAUGAGAAAAUUAGUUCUCCGCCCAUACUUCCAGGAUUAUGAACUGCUCACUAAAAACGAAGGUGUUGUGACUGUGAGCCACUUUGCCCGAAUCCUUGACCACCUUCGCCUUCUCGUGGCCGGUGUGGACUUCCAGCUCCUACUCAAAAAGUUCAUGAAGAGCAGCUACACAGUAAACUACGUGGCGUUCCUCGAGGUCAUCGACAGGAUCACCAAGACACUGACCGAGAAGCAGAUGCUGGACGUCGGCGGCGACCUCAUAGCCCGCUUCCCCACGAGGGCCAUCUCCGCGGAGCUGCCCAGGCUCCCGCGCCCGGAGGUGGGCAACAUCGCGCUCGACACGGUGUUCGGGCCGCAGGCCAUCUUCCACCCCGUGUCCAGGCCGCCGCGGGACCGCGAGUCCCUGCACAGGGUGCUGCGCCGCAUCCAGCAGUACGUCUGGCGCCACCGCAUCAGGGUGGCUGAGUUCUUCAAGGACUUCGACCCCCUUCGCUGCGGCCGCGUCACGCGGGAGCAGUUCAGGCGCUGCCUGGACGCCAUGGGGCUGGCGGGGACCCAGCGGCUGUACCUGGCCGAGCCCGACAUUGACAUCGUGACCACCAUGUACACGGACCCCAACGACGAUCAGCGCGUCAUCCACACCACCUUCACGGACGACAUCGACCACGUGUUCUCGCCGCGCACCUUGGAGAAGACCCCCACCUUCGAGGUGGACUCCCCGGGUCAGGACGUGCUCGACGUGGCGCCCCCCGGCAGGCUCCCGUGGCUGAAGGCGUGCGUGCGAGUCGUCGACCUGUGCGAAGACGCCGUCGAGCAGCUCAAGCACCGCGUCCACAAGAGGCGCAUCAACCUCAGGCCCAUCUUCCACGACUACGAUCCGCUAAACAAAGGCCACGUCUCAAGGGCUCAGUUCCGCCAAUGCUUGGUAUUCAAUUCAUUACUGCCCCCCAAGGAACACUUGUAUGCACUCGAGCAAAGAUUUAGUGACGACAUGGGGGUUGACUACUACAGACUGCUGCGUGAAGUAGAACCUGGAACUUUAGAGGAACCUCUAUAUGAAGAUUACUUUAAAAAUCGAAAACUGGUUAACUGGAAAGAAUGGAAUGAUCAUCCAGAACGCCGUGAGAAAGAUAUAGUAUGGAUACUCGCAAAAAUAAAAGCCAAGGUGGUGAGAGAGAGGGUCCGAAUAAAAGAUGCAAUGAAAGACUAUGAUAGUUUCAACCACAAUGUCGUUUCAAAGGAAGAUUUUGAAAGGGUCCUCAAUGUCCUAAAUUUUGGACUCACCAGAACUGAAAUUGCAACACUAUCACAUGUAUUUGGAGCAGUAAAACAACCUGGUUGGAUUGACUAUGCUAGAUUUAAUGGUGUUGUGGAUGAGGCUCUAACUGUGGAUGAACUACAGAGAGCACCACUGAUAACACCUCUACAGCAUGUUCCUCCUAAUGAAACUAACAGAAACUUCUUGAAUUAUGAGGAGAGAGCACUUGCAAGCCGUGCAUUACAAAAGUUAGCUCAUAAACCUCAUCCAAAUUUGGAGGACAUCUUCAUGGACUAUGACCAUGAGAAAAUUGGCUCAGUCACACAAGAGCAGUUCACCAAAGCAUUAGCCUUACGAAAUAUGUUGACUCUCCUCUCUAUGCCAGAGUUAGCUGCAGUUCAAAAGUCCUUUGGAGUUGAGCGGGGACUAAGAGAUGAGGUUGAUUACAGGGCAUUUAAAAAGGCUCUCGACAUAAUCUUUGCAAACAACAAAAAGAGACCAGUGUAAUAUGACAAAUAGUCCAGGCAUUCCUUCAAAAAAACUAAUCGUCAUCCCUGUAAGCAGAUUUUAAAAAUUUAUUCCAUUAAACUGGUUUAUGUACAGUAAGCACA